AGAAGCCUUUAACCGUCUUUUAGCUUCGCUUCUUCCUUGUCUCUGCUGCUUACGACUCUUCUGCCUGCUUUCUUCGUCUCGGAGGCAUCUGUUCUGUAGGCGUUCUUCUGUGCUCCACUCCUCAGAUUCUUCCCAAAAGGUGGACGCGCUGGCUUUCCUGAAUUUCCAAAAGAUUGACUUUUUAAGAACAAAGCAGAAGAAAGUAAUGUUUAUCUCGAUCUUAAUAGGUUGGUCCGAUGAUGGAAAUGGGGGAUGAAGAUAGGGGACCGCCAUGGCUAAAGCCUCUUUUGAAGUCCAACUUCUUCGUACCCUGCAAAAUUCAUGGCGUUUCAAACAAGAGCGAAUGCAAUAUGUACUGCUUGGAUUGCAUCGGCAACGCCCUUUGUUCUUAUUGCCUCGCUUAUCACAAGGACCACCAUGUCGUCCAGAUUCGAAGAUCUUCGUACCACAACGUUAUCAGGGUAUCGGAAGUAUCGAAAUUUAUAGACAUUUCCUGCGUUCAAACCUACAUUAUCAAUAGCGCGAAGAUCGUAUUUCUGAACGAGCGGCCACAGCCCAGGCCAGGAAAGGGCGUCACCAAUACCUGUGAGAUUUGCAGCAGGGGUCUCCUUGAUUCCUUCCGUUUCUGCUCCCUUGGAUGCAAGCUUGGUGGAAUGAAGAGAGACCCGGAGCUGACCUUCUUGCUUCGGGCGAGAGCAGGCCGCGAGUCAGAGCAGGGAUCGGAAUCGGACGAAUCGUUGACACCGAGGAAACUACGCAAGACGUCAGCUUUCAGCCGUGGCAUCUACUUGCUGUCGCCGACACCGGUAUCAACACCAUUGAAAUCGCUCGAGGAAAACGCAGUCGAUCGCCGCAGUGGCGCCACUUCUCCGGUCACACCGCCUAUCAUAAACUACAGAACUUCCAGGCGAAAGGGCGUUCCUCACAGAGCUCCUUUCUGAAAAAAAAAAGAGAAAAAUUAAUUUAAUUGCCAGACUUUCUAAAAUGUGAGGUUGUACAGAAGUAAUAUGUCAAAAACC